AUGAACUGGGGGGUGUUUGAGGGACUCCUCAGCGGGGUCAACAAGUACUCCACCGCUUUCGGCCGCAUCUGGCUCUCCCUCGUCUUCAUCUUCCGCUUGCUGGUCUACGUGGUGGCAGCCGAGCGGGUCUGGAGCGACGACCACAAGGACUUCGACUGCAACACGCGGCAGCCGGGCUGCACCAACGUCUGCUUCGACCACUUCUUCCCCGUCUCCCACAUCCGACUCUGGGCCACCUACCGCAGCACCUACCUCAACCCCGGCAAGAAGCGGGGGGGUUUGUGGUGGACCUACCUGCUCAGCUUGAUCUUCAAGGCUGGCGUGGACGUGGUCUUCCUCUACAUUUUCUACCGCUUCUACAAGAACUACACCCUGCCCCGGGUGGUGAAGUGCGAGCUGCCCCCCUGCCCCAACGUGGUGGACUGCUUCAUCUCCCGGCCCACCGAGAAGAACAUCUUCACCCUCUUCAUGGUGGUCACGGCCUGUGUCUGUGUGGCACUGAGCCUCAUCGAGGCCGUGUACCUGGUCGGCAAGCGGUGCCGCGAGUGGCUCCACGCAGGGGCAGGCAGCCACGACUGCGUGGUCCUCCACGCCGAGCCCACGGACACGGGGGGACAGGUUUUCCAUGGGGUGGACUACAAACCCCCCACAGCCUCCAUCCCCCCUGCAGCCUCCAUCCCUCCCACAGCCUCCAUCCCGCCUGCGGCCUCCGUUCCUGCCACACUGCCUGAGGAGGAGGCUCUUCUCUAG